GAGUGAAGCAAAAUGUUUAAUUUACAUACAUUCUACAUAUUGAUAGUGGCGUGCUGCAUCGUGAAUGGGCAGGAUAAAGAUGUUCCACCCGAAUGUUUCCAGACACAAGGAGACGAACCAGGGAACCCUGGCGUUAAUUGUGCUGUCACCAACACAGAAGGCCUGACAAUCCUUGUUUCAACCUUGGAUGGAGGAUUGUUUGCUGUUGACGAGAAAACCGGUUCUAUCCGGUGGAAGCUGGUCGACGAGCCAGUCGUCAAGUCUCCGUAUGAUCCGGUUAAACCAGUGCUUCCCGCAUUUUUACCAGAUCCCAAGGAUGGAACCCUGUAUAUGAUGGGAGGAAGUUUAACUGAUCCUUUAAAGAAAUUACCGUUUACAAUUCCUGAACUUGUGGCAGCGAGUCCGAGCAAGAGUGCAGAGGGUAUUCUGUACUCGGGGAAGAAAGUUGACACGUGGUUUUCAAUUGACCGAAACACAGGCAGAAAACAUGGCGCCCUUAAUUAUCUAGGAUGUAUAUUAGGAGAAGAGAAUACAUGUCCAGCUGCCAGUCCAGGGUCUUUUCUUAUAGGGCGUACAGAGUACAAUAUAAUGAUGUACGAUACAAGAACACGUGACCGGAAAUGGAAUAUAACAUAUUAUGAUUACUCUUCUAAUAUGGGGAGUAGAGAACCAAUUCAGGAUUACGAGUUGGCGCAUUUUUCCGAUAGUUCGACUGGAAUUCUUAUAACCCUGGACAAGAGUUCUGGCAGAGUAGAAUGGGAGACACGAUUCAACAGUCCAGUGGUAGCUAUGUACCAACUUGAUGACGACACAAUCUUUCCUCUGCCUUUUACUUCUGUCAGCAUCGAGACCUUGGAGAAUUUAAUUCAAAACUUUGAAUCUUCUGAUGAAAAACUCGGGGAAACGAAGUUGUUUCCUACGCUGUAUGUUGGUGAACACGCCUACGGCCUGUUCGCUGUUCCUAGUCUAGUGGAUAAACAGACAAUUAUGAUUUCUCCAUCGAGACAACCUCUUCUUAUAGAAGGACCUUCUCCAGGACCCGAGGACAGCACUAAUAUGCGGGAGGACGAGAAGUCCGGUAGUAAACCACUCUUGGUCAGUGCUUUACCAAGUGAAAAAUCAUCUCUACUCGUGUUCGGAUAUUAUCAGAUUCCAGAAUACAAGCCUGAACCUAGUCCUGGUCUCACUCCAUACCUAAUAACAUCAUUAAAUCCUCUCCAGUCCGAUGACCAGAUCAAACUCAUUGAAAAUUUUACAAACCAAACCAUCGGCACAGAACACGUGGUUGAUAAUCUGCACCGCGGCAUUGAGCAGAUAUUGAAACUAAACACAACCUUUUUAUUCUCAAGAGAUCUUAUUAAUUUCCUGCACAAGGAGCUAAUUCCACAUUCAGCCCAUAUCCUUCAACAGAUUGAAAACAAGGAGCUUAAACUGAUUUUUCUUGUUCUCUUCUUUACAGUUAUUUGGUUCAUCAGGUUUGUGAAAUAUCAGUUCAAGGUCUGGGAGAGGAUGGGAACACACAGCAACUCAGCCUCUCAGGGUUCGGUUAACAGUCAUAGCAAUUAUGAGAUAACAGCUAACCCUGUUGAGCUGGCUACCGGAGAGAUUAGGGUUGGGAACCUAACCUUCCAUCCUGAUAUAGUUCUUGGGAAAGGGUGCGAGGGAACAUUCGUGUAUAAGGGAAGUUUUGAUGGACGUGAUGUAGCUGUUAAACGAGUGCUAGCUGCUUGCUUCUCUAUAGCAGAUAGAGAAGUUGACCUACUCAGGGAGAGUGAUGAGCAUCCUAAUGUAAUCCGUUACUUCUGUAUGGAACAAUGCCGCCAGUUCCGUUAUAUAGCUUUGGAACUAUGCGCGGCAACUCUUCAGGAGUAUAUUGAGGGGAAAUACAGAACAGAUGUCUUGGAUAUAACUUCAGUAUUCAGGCAAUCCGUUCAAGGACUGGCACAUCUUCAUGGACUUGAUAUAGCACACAGGGACAUAAAGCCUCAAAAUGUUCUUAUCUCCCUGCCAGGACGGAGGGGAGAAGUUCGAGCCAUGAUUUCAGAUUUUGGUUUAUGUAAGAAGUUAAAGUUGGGACGGAUGUCCUUCUCCCAGAGGUCUGGUAUUGCAGGGACGGAGGGUUGGAUAGCUCCGGAGAUGUUGUUGGGGAAUCGGAGUACAACAUGUCUAGUUGAUAUAUUCUCUCUGGGUUGUGUUUACUACUAUAUGCUGACAGCAGGGAAACAUCCGUUUGGAGACAAUUUCCAUAGACAGGCGAAUAUUCUGUCUGGAAGGUUUGAUAUCUCUAUGUUGAGAAGAGGGGAGGAGAAGAAUGAGACUAAACUGUCUUUACUAGGAACUGUUCUUGAGAAGUCCCUAAGUUUCCUGCAGGAGGCAAGUGACCGUGUUGAGGCUGAGGAUGAGGGAAGUGUUCUCCUACAUCACCUGGAGAGGGAUCAGGAGGAGGUUCUAUCAGGAGAUUGGGUCGCAGCUCUAGAUACUAUUGUCAGGGAUGAUUUAAGGAGAAGUCGGACUUACAGGAAUACUGUCAAGGAUCUGUUAAGGGCAAUAAGGAAUAAGAAGCACCACUACCGAGAGAUGCCUGAACAAGUAAAGGAAGUGUACGGUCCGCUUCCUAAUCAGUUUAUGCAGUACUGGGACCAAAGGUUCCCCAAGCUGCUGGUGCACACCUACAACGCCUUGCAGAGCAUCAAGACAGAAGCUGAGUUGAUCAAGUACUAUGAUAAGCACUAUGACUUCGUUAAGGAUGAUACUAAUGUUCAGCUGCAUGAUACUAAAUCUGAGAAUUUGGAUUAUAAUGAAAUCAAGGUGAGCUACAGUCCUCCCCCUGGGAUAUCAGGACAGGUGGCAGCCAGGUCUCAGAGAGACAUAUUUGAGGAGGGUUCAGCUCCCAGCUCAGCAGCUCCUAGCUCAAUACUUUCUAGCUGGGAGGAUCUUCAUUCAGAUAUAUCUAGUUCCCAGCUGCAACCCUGCCAAAACUACCCAGAACAGUGUAAUGAUGAGGAACCUGAGGAAGGAUUAAGGAGACUGGCAGAUUUAUCUCGAGUACAAACUAUUAAAGAUCAGGAAAUGAAAGUCAGAAAACCGGUUUUUGAAAAAGUCAAGGAAACCCCGCGAAAGCUAAAUUUUGCUGCUGCCGUGAAAAAUGAUCCAUCGGAGCCAGAUGACUCACCUAGUCCCUCCAGUCAAUCGGAGUUGACCUCCAUUCAACAUUUGGACACUUCAGACACUUCCUGCGAGUCAGGGAUGAAAAAAUCCUCCUCAGUUCCAGUUGUGCACCCGGAGAAAUCGUUGAUGAAAUCUGGUUCUGAACCCGGGUUCAGCUCUUCUCAGGGUCCUGCCCGGAGUACAGGGAUAGAACUUAAUCUCAGACCUUUAAAUCUUUCUGCGUUUAGACCUUCUCCCUCCGUGGCAGAAAUAUUGAAAUCAAACAUGCCAAUUCUUAUUAAACCUUCAGACAAUGAGAAGAUAACCCUAGAUAGUUCAAACCAAACCAUAGUUCCUUCAGUUGAUCAAUGCAAUAAAGAGAAUGAGGAUGAAAGUGAUAAUGAAGAAUUUAACGAGGAUGGGAAGGAGGAGAAGGAAGAAGAGACUAAGGGAAAACAUAAAAGAAUUCGAAAAAGACGUAAACAUCAGAAGAAGAGUCGAGAACCAAGAUCUGAAAAUACUGAUUUAGAAAAUAUGAUGGAUACGGCAUUAUUGUCGUAGUUUUUUUUGUUUUGUUUUUCUGCACAUAUUUACUUAAUGUAUAAAAUCUGACAUAUCUGAGAAGAAAAAAAACUUUAUUCUCAGUUAUUUACGUACCGUGUACAAAUCAUAAACUACUUGCUGUAUAAUUUAAGAAUACUAAUUGUACUUGUGCUAUAUAGUGUACUGUACUUUAUGAGCAAACUUUCGACACAAAAAAACCGCUCGGAAAUAACAUCUAAUUUUAAAAACGUCCCUGUGAUAUUAUAAAAAUAUAUCUGUCAGUUGUUGGUUGUAUCAUUUAGAAAUCACCUAUUUCCAACAUUAUAUAUUCGAGUACAAUUUUGUUAACUAAAUUUUUAUUCUGAAUAUUUUAAUUAUUUUACAAGUUUAAACAAAAUGGAUAAACUGAUGAAAAUUUUUACCUUAAAAUCAAAUUGAAAUAGAUUUCAUAUCACCUGAAUUGUCAGGGUUAGUGGCCUUAUCAGAAGACUAUCAAGAUUAGCCUUUUUUGUCAACGAUAGUUGUGUUUCAAUACCCUUUUUUAUCACCAACAAUUGUUUUUUAUUACUAUAUAUUAUCACCGACAGUUAUGUCUUAAACCCCUAAAUUAUCACCGACAGUUGCCAUGAUGGUUGUAAAAUGCAUUUACUAUGAAAAUACAAAUUUGUCACCUAAUGA